CGUUACUUAACAAUUUACUCGUAUCUCAUUGGAUUGGGUAGUCUUGUGUAUUGGGUUUUAUCCGUCGAUGAUAUUAUUUUUCAACUUCCAGCUGUGGAAAUAUGGACCGGAUGAUUUUAGUGGUGUUGUGCGCGCUGACCAUCAGCAGUGCGCAGUCGGAAGAGCGAUCUGGAUUGUACAAUUCCUAUCAAUAUCCGGACUACACAUCGGCUGGUUUCAAUCCCAAUCCCUUCCUGUCCGGAACCGGGGGAAUGUACCCGACGGAUUCGCUGUAUGGAUCUACCAUGUACGGCGGAUACGGUGUCUGCCAGGGCGUUAACUGCGGCACCGGGCGAUACUGUGAGCCGCUGACUUACACGGUCUCCCCGGGCAAGAGCUACCGCUGCCGGCGUUACGGCGACGACAACAGCUUCGGCGUGAUGGGCACCGGCGGGGGAAUGUAUCCCGGCGGCGGGAUCUAUCCCGGCAUGGGCGGGGUCACGACCUGGGGCACCAGUGGCAUCAACGGCAUCUACGGACAGUCGAUCAUGGGCGGGGGGAGUGGCUUAUAUCCCGGGUAUCAGCCCCAGCCAAUCGUUGGUGGCGGAACGUUGACACCGAUUGUCGGCGGCGGAAUCGGCAUGCCGGGCGGUGCAGCGGGAGGGAUUUAUGGAAAUUAUUACCGACCAGUGACAAAGUGCUUCGAUGAGCUGGUGUACAAGGUGCCGGCCGGCUCGCUGAACACCGACGGCCGUACCCGGCUGGGGAUGCCGGCGGGCGGGGCCUGUCCCAACCAGUGCUAUCGCAGCACGGAAUGCACCGCCGGCCAGAUCUGCUGCAACAACGGCUGCGGCAACGUCUGCUACACCCCCGAGACCACCGUCAUCGACGCGGCCAACGGCGUGGGCGUCGGCCAGCCGGGAAUGGCCGGAGUGGGCGGGACCGGGGGCUUCACCGGGAUCGGCGGGAUGCCCAUCAUCUACCGGGGAUUGCCGGCUGGGAAUAAUAUGCGCAUGGGGACGCUCCCAGUUAAUGCUACCGUCUAACAACGAUUGUUUACCAUUGAGAAAUUGUGAUCGUCAAUUGUUGACGCACAGCAGACUUAUUAUUAUGUAAUUAGUACUGAAUUAAUACUCACGAAAACCAGUGCAGUUGGAACAUGCGGCCGUGGAUCGGUUUUUAAAAUAAAUUCUAUAACGGUAUA